GAACCUAUUCAGUCGCUUGAUACGCGUGGAGCAGUACAAUCCGCUCAAGAAAUGGGAGAAGUUCCGGAAAUCAAGAACUUUCAACAGGUGAUCGAGCCUCACUUGCCCGAAGGCUGUACUCUGGACUCGUACUCCAGUAGUUACCUGACCAAGCCCGGGGACAACUAUGGCAGCAUUAUGCUGUCUGUCCAAGCGAAAGUGCGCAGUGCUGACGGUGCUAUUAAGGAUUUGCCGGUGAUAGCCAAAUUGCCGCCCCUCACCAACGACCUUUACUGGCAGAUCUUCCAGCCCGAGCGGACCUGCAUUACGGAGAACGCGGUGUACCAGUACCUGUCGCCGGAGCUGGACAAGUUGCAGCUGGAGUCGGGCAUCCUGCCUGCACAGCUUUUCGACGGCUUCCCGCGUUACUACGGUUCCCGCAUUUCGCUGGACACUCGAUCUGCAAAAGUGGAUCGGGAUGCCGUUCUGGUCCAGGAGAAUGUCACUAAGCACGGCUACCGACCAGGCAACAGACACAGGGCGUACAAUCUCGCAGAAACUGUGCUCAUUCUGCACUACUUGGCCCGGUACCACGCCCUGCCCAUCGCCCUGCGGCUGAAGAAACCGCAGGUGUACGAGGAGUAUGUGCGACCAUACUUCAAGAAGUUCGAUAUGAACUCUAAUAUGGAUAAGGCCGAGACGGAAAUAAUGGACAAUGAAAUUCUGAAGGACAUAAAGUUGGUGACGAGCGACGAACGGGAGGUAAAUCGCGUCAAGGAGCUGCAGAAAAUGUUCCAGGACUUUCAAGCUGGCAGCGAUGUGGACGACGGCCCAUUUACUACUCUCGUGCACGGAGACCUGUGGAUCAACAAUAUGAUGCUGAAAUACGGAGAGGAAGGCACUCCACUCAAAGUGAAAAUCGUUGACUUUCAAAUCGCGCAGUACGGGUCGUUGGUGCAUGAUAUCAUCUUUCUGCUGUUUUCAAGUGUGGACGUAAACGUUCUCGAGGAUAAUUUCUACAAUUUCCUGACCAUUUACUACAACGCCUUCAUUCAGACCUUGCGGAGCGUGAACGUGGACACCAGCAACUACUCAUACGAAUUGUUUCUCGAAGAGGUCCAGCAAACUGCUCACUUGCAGUUGCCUCACGCGAUCUUUAUGAUGAAGGUUAUACUAGCUGAUAACAGUACGAUUCCCGAGGACUAUAAAGACGUGGACCUAUCGGUGCUGACAAAGAACACCGGAGCUAAAACUAUUGUGACGAAAUUCGCGGCUAUCUUGCGUCUAGGAAAGAAGUUUAAUAUUUUUUACUGAUCUGUUUUUGUCUGUCACGAAUUAAAAAUCUUCCCAUAAAAGGCU